AUGCAGCUUGUUCUCUUCACUUCGCUCUUCGUCUUUGCGGCCGCGCGUGUCGCUCCUCCACAGGCUCGUUCCAGCCUUGUGCCGGAGGCCUCCAGCUCCAAUCUCGGGCGAUCGCCCCAGUCGUGGUUGCAGACGAAGGGAUUACCUGCCCCGAAGUGCCACGACAAGAAGGUCGUGAACUCGGCGUCCGACAAGUUUCUGGCGUGCCCUAAGGAGUGCCCCGUCUACGCUGACGACCGCGGGGAUGACGUCGAUUGCAACUUCGAGUGUGUCGAGGCCACCCCUCAGGCUUGCACAGCCGUGAACAAGUUCGAACCCAUUCCGGACCCGAAGCAGCUCGGACCACAAGCCGCAAUGAGGUGUGAGAGGAGGGCGAGGUAUCACCAGCCUUUCCUGAGCCUUAGGAUGGGAAUCUGCCGUGCCUGCAUCAUCUACGGCUGCGCUGAGUGCACAACCGACGGCCAGGACACUUGUGCCAGGUGCGAGAGCGGUUACUCCUUAAGCGACAAGGGCACGUGCAUCAGCAAGAACCGCUACUACUGGUAUGCUCUCUUUGGGUUGCUGGGCUUGGUGGCCGUCUUCAUCGUGGCCUGGGUUGUGGACAUCUGCACUCGGCCAAUUGUCAAUGCUGAUGGGCUCAAGGGUGCCCUGGACUACCGCUCGCGGUCCAAGGUGCGGAUGCCCAAGACCGAGACCGGCCAAGAUGACCAGGGUCGCGAACUAUGGCCGCUUGACACCAAUCUGCUGCUGCAGGAUGUGGCCGGUGUUGGAGUGACGCUUCAGUUCAACUUCCAGCUAUUCCUGAUACUCUGGUCCCUGGCCAUCGCAGUUGGCUGGUUGAUGUUGUCGCUGUCUGUGGACGAUGCGCUUCUCAUCCUGGGAACACGCCGGGCAAAAACAGCACGCCAGAACUGUAUUCUGGUGGCAUGGGGUUUCGAGACGCAGCAGAGGCUGAUGUGGACUAAGAUCGACUUUUGCGUCGCUGCCUACGUGCUGACGACCGUGGCCUGUGUGCUCUUUGGCAUUCGCCAGCUGAGACUCUUCCAGAAGGUCGACAUGACAAACUCUACACACAAAGACUACGCCGCCCGCAUCCGCAACCUGCCCAUGAUGGACGGGACCGCGCCUGUAGAGGAUGAGCUGAAGAAGCGCUUGGAGGAUGCCACUGGCCAGAAGAUCGCCCUGGCCUCGGAGGUGUACGGGUGGGUGGGUGGGUGUUUAUCUGAAGCGGUCGGGGUCUCGGUGUGCUGGGACUUCCAGGAGCACGAGGAGGAGCUCCUGGACCUGCUACAGAGCCAGUUGGUGGAACGGGAGCAGGAGUUGCACCCAGCCGCGAAGCGUGAAGUUGAGCCGGAGGAGCCACAAGGCUUUUUUGCCCGCCUUGAGCGGUCUGCCCUGGCCGCGGAUGCGGAGAAGGUCGUGGCCAAGGGGGAGAUGUCGGAGGAGGAGCAGCAGAAGGCCCGUGAAGAAAACUUGGCCCACCCAGAGGAGGAGAUCAUCGAGGAGUGCAAGGAGGUGGACGUGGUUGGAAUCCUGAAGAGCCUCAAGACCUGCCCGGAUGCUUAUGCGAUCUUCGAGACGGAAGCCGCCCGCGACGAUGCGGUGGAAGCGAUCGAGUCGUCAGGUGGAGUGGAGUUCCACGGGAACACUCUCCGUCUUAAUGCCUCGCGUGUUGAGCCGCAGACUGUCAAGUGGCCAAACUGCGCCAACACCAACCUUCUGGUCAAGGCAAGGCGUAUCGCAAUGGGAAUGUGCAUCAUGUUCGCUGGACUGGCCUUGUGGGUGGUGGCCUUCUACCUCCCCUAUGCCUGGUUCACUUUGACUUUCAACUACUCCUAUGGCCAGGAGCCUGGCUUCGUGGCCGGCAUGACCUUCUCCAUGGUGGUUGUGGCCGGCAAUGCCUUGAUGUACCUAGUUUGCAGCGAAGUGGCGGACCGCACUCGCUUCAUCUACAUCGACGACCGUGAGGUUUGCUACAUGCUUCUUUACUGCUUCGCCUGCGUCUUCAACGUUGCAUUGGAUCUGAUCACGACCUAUAUGGUGGCCUACAGGGUGAACGUGGGCCUGCGAAUGAAGACCUACGAUGGCACCCUGCUGAGCAACCUCCAGUCCUUCUCCGACCGCUUCGAGUCCUAUGCCAUGCAGCGUACGUUGGCCAACAACCUCUACGCCUAUGCCUUCCCGGCCACCUUCUUGAUCCCCUUCCUGAUUGAGCCAAUUGCGACCAUCUAUGCGCCCUACAAGCUGAUGGUGCUCAUCAUCCGCACCCAGCCCCACAUCAAGGGUUUCAUGGCUGAGAAUCUCCUGGGCGGAUUGGUCUUUGACCUUUCGCGCUACGCCGACCUCAUGCUCGACGCCAUGAUCGCGGUCCUGAUUUUCUUCUUCCCCGGCGGGUUCAACAUCCAGAUGUUCUUGGGCAUGGCACUGUCGCACAUGUACAUCUACGCCUUCGACCACUACCGGGUCCUGCGAUCCAUCCAGAGCUGCAACUACACGGAUAAGAUGGUGGAUUGGUGGUCGCAGUGGCUCAUGUGCAUCCCGUGCGGCUGCAUGCUUGCUUGCUUCGUCUUCAAGGCCAACUGCCAGCCCGGUUACUUCUGCAUGGAGGGCGAUUCCAUGGUGACUGCCUGCGCCGUCGCAUUCUUCGCCCACAUCUUCCUGCAUACACUGCUGUUGAAGUUCGUCGUGCCCAUCUUCGGGUUGCCGCUGGGCGAGAAGUCGAAGUGUGCCGUGCAGAGGACGGGUGCAUCGGAUGGCGCGGACACCAACAGCUACAAGGAUUGCUCUCAGCGCCUCGCCUGCUCCUGGUUCACAGCAAAUCCCGUCUACUGCCUGCGAUCGCAGUACAUCUACAAGCACAGCCCUCCUUGCACCUACUACAUGGCCGGCAAAGAGCACCUUAUCGAGAAGAACGAAGAGAUCGGUCUCUACUUCAAAGACUGCCCGGCCAAGGAGGAGGACUACGACGCCCCGCAUGUCGACACAGAGGCCCUUAAGGCCCAUGUGGAUGACCUGAAGGGGAAAGUGUCGGGACAGUUCGGCGAGCUGACCCAGAAGGUCUCCGGCAAGUUCGAAGAUAUCAAGGCCAUCUCGAUGAUCGCACGACUGGUUUAUGAUCCUGCAGGCACAAGGAAUGUGGCACUAACCCGAUGCAGUCCUUCAAGUCUAGUUCCAGGGGACGUUGCCAGCAACAGCAUGGGAUUUGCAUCAUCGUCAGGAGCAAGAAUUUCCUACUAUGUGCUGCUUCCUCAACAUAUCGAGCCUGCGAACGCCAGUAGCACCAUGUCCCAAACACAUUCACGGUUAAGAAGAUGA